AUGCCGCAAGCGAAAAACUCGAUGCGACCCAUCUCUCCCCGCUGUUUGCCUUGCGACCGCUCAGGCGUUACUUGCGAAUACUACGAUGCUACAAGAGGGCGUCUCAUCAGCCGGAGCUACGUCAUCACUCUCCAGGAUAGAGUUCGUGCGCUUGAGGCGGAGCUGAGGACUCUGACUGAAGAGGAAGGCGACUUUUCCCAUAACCGCGACGAACUGGUGCGACGAGGUGGCCUCGUCCGAUUAAGUGCCGGCGAUGAAUCCGUUCGAUACCUUGGACCUAGUAGCGGCAUUGCCAUGUCGCGACUACUUAUGGAGGAAGCCAAGCUCUUCACCGAUUCAAAGAGAAUCUCGGAAUUGAUACCCGAAGUCCGCGCCCGGCGAGAGAAGCGAGAGGCUCGCAUGCAAUCCGUCGUCAUGACGAACGCGCCCCGAGGCGAAAGAGCACAUAUCAAUAUAUUCAGCCAGAGAGCCACCAUGUUCUGGCCCGUGGUUCACGAGCAGCAGUUUGCCAAGGACCUAGAAGACGUCUACGCUGGAGAUGAGGACCCAUACAAGAACUACGUUGUGCGCAUGGUCAUCGCCAUUAGCUUGCACAAACUUGAACCGCAAUACGCGGGUUUGGCGGAUAGCUAUUACUUGGCGGCGAUGCAGUUGUUUGAAGAGGUUGUCCGGCCUAGGGACUUGAAGGCUCUCCAGUGCCUCAUAUUGGUGGGUCAAUAUUCGAUACUUGCUCCCACUCGGAUGGCCAUCUACUUUGUGAUUGGGUUGGCGACGCGGAUCUGCCAGGCGACCGGCCUCUGCUUUGAAAAGACAAUCACCUCGUCGUAUAACGCCGGCCUCGAGAGCCCGCUGACGCUCGACAUGCGCCGUCGCCUAAGUUGGAUUGUAGCCUCGAUGGAAUACGGCCUCUCUCAUACCAUGGGAAGACCGAACGCCUUUGGCCAGAGCGAAGACGAAGUCGACGUCGAAUUUUUCUCGACCGCCCCGGAUGAGCGCAUUACGGAUGAGGGCAUCCUUCCUGGACCAGACUGUGAGAGGAAGGUGGUCGCAAUCUACUUCUUCAAGAUGAGAAUGGUGCAAGCCGAAAUUCGCCGAGUACUGUACGAGUCUGUCGGACGCGGGCCCAUCGAUGACAGCGACCCUUGGUUUGCCGAUAUGGAGCAGAAGAUCCAGGAGUGGCACGACGGAGCGCCAACCGAUCCGGCGUGGUGUAAACCUUGGUUCAGCGGACGGUACUGCCAGCUGAAAAUAUUCCUCUAUCGGCCCUCUCCACAGGUUACGCAGCCGUCUCCACGCGCAGCCGAGAUUUGUUACGAUUCCGCGGCCUACAUCAUCAACCUUUCCAAGCAGCAGAUGGAAAAGGGGGCGACCGAUGUCACUUGGAUUUUCCUGCUCAACCUUUACAUGUCACUCAACGUUGUCUUAUGGUCUGUUUCGUAUGCAAACAUCCGGCAGGCUCACGCUCGCGAAGACGUUGAGGAGCUGGUUGACGUUUCGCUCGACAUCUUGGAACAGUGUACGGAUAGGUGGCCCGGAACCGAGGCCGCCGUAAACUUGUACUCGGUGCUCUCGCGAGCGUGCAUGCAGUCGUACGAGACACAAGACCCCUCGCAGCAUGCGCUCGGAGGCGGCUUCCACACCCUGGUUUCGCCAACUCGCAGUCACCCCCAUCGACACACGGAGGUGUGGGCGCCUCGCCACAGCUUGGCCCGCCAAACCCCUCGCCGCAGUUCAACAACGGCGAGAUACAGUUUGGCUACAUGUUUAACCAGCCCCAACAACAGCAACAGCAGCAGCCACCGCAGCACCAACAGCACCAACAGCACCAACAGCACCAGCAGCAUCCGCAGCAGCAGCAGCAGCGGCAACCACAGCCUCCCCAACAGCACCAGCAAGCGGGUUCGAUGA